UACUCUUUGAGUCUUAAUUUUUGUAUUAAUCAUGUUAAAAUUUUCAAUUAAAUAUUUACUAAUGUUUGUAUUGUACAACAACACAAUUAACUUUAAUUAUGUGUCAAAUCAAUCGUGGUUACCAUCUUUAAAUCAAUUUAGUAAAUUGUUUGAAAAGUUUGGCUCAUCGAUUUGGACACUUGGAAAAGUAGAAAACAAAAAUCAAACUAAACAAUCAACUGAUUGGUCUCGAUCACGACAAAUUAACUAUUGGAUUAACAAUCAAGUUCCUUACGUUUUUCAUUCAAGUUGUAAUCAAAAAUGUCGAUCUGCAAUUAGAGAGGCAAUUACUGAAUGGGAAAGAUACACAUGCAUUAGAUUCAUUGAUUGGGGAGAUGAUGAGCAAUUUGAUGAGGAUCAACAUCAACGAUUCUACAUCAGAUUUAGAGCUGAUCAAUCAGGUUGUUUUACAGUUUUCCGUAAAAAUAGUCGCCAUCUUGGACAAAGUGUCAAUUUAGGUGAAGGCUGUUUAACGAAAAUUAAAGUUCUACAUGAACUUGGACACGUACUCCAUUUGGAUCAUACUCAUGGUCGACCUGAUCGCGAUUUCUUCAUCGAUCUUAAAAGUGAUAAUAUUCAUCGAGGGUUCGAAGAUCAAUACGAACUACGUUCUGACCUUUGGGAGUCCGUUCCCUAUGAUUAUCGGUCAAUUAUGCAUUAUCAAUCAUCGGAUUUCAGUUUGUCACCUUUUAAGUUAAUCACCAUGUCCACAAGGAAACCUAAUCUUCAAUAUUUAAUUGAUCAACCACGAGUUGGAUUAUCUUUUUAUGAUAUUAAACAAGUUAAUCUAAUGUAUAAUUGUUCAUCAACCUGUUCAUUAAAUCAUCAAUCUUUAUGUCAUAAUCAAGGGAUCAUUUUACCAAAUUUAUCAAAUUAUCAUCAUUUUGGUGGAUUAAUUAAUGAAACUUUCAAUAAUGAUCUUGAUGAUUUAGUUAAUGAGAUUGAUGAUGAUGAUGAUGGUGGUAAUUGUUUAUGUCUCUGUCCACCUGAUUAUACUGGACCAAGAUGUGAAAUAUCAAAAUAUAAUAUCACCAAAGAUUAUCAAUUUGAUCAAAUGGUCAAGCGAUCAGGGGCCAAUGCCUGCGGGGAAAUCCUUAAAUCCGAGGGAUUAAUCCAAACAAUGGAUUAUCCCAAACGGAUUAAACCCUUUGACAGUUGUAGUUGGAUAAUCAAUGCACCUAAAGGUUAUCGGAUUGAAUUAACUUUCAACGAUUUCUGGUUUGAUGAACCAACGACUUACCUUGAUUAUUAUACUAAUCGUUGUGUCUAUGAACGAGUUGAAAUAAGAUGUAAAGAUCCGUAUGAACCUGAGAUGUAUUGUGGAAGACAAUUAAACAAUACUGUUAUCAUUUCCAAAAGUAAUUACUUAAUUAUUAAUGUCAUCGCUGGUUCCUCUAUGAUUGGAAGAGGAUUUUCUGGUCGAUAUAAAUUUAUACCUUAAAUUGUUAUCAGUCAUUUAAACAAAUAUUUAUUAAUUCAAUAGCAUUUUAAUUGUGAUCAAUUUUCAAUCCUAACUGUGAUCCCUGUCAAUGAACCCAAAACAAAAUAAAUUAACCACCAAAUUAUA